UGGAAUAACCGAGGAAAUAUUGCAUGAUGUUACUGUUACCAUCAAAGACGUUCAAACUCAGAUUAGUGAGUUGGUCGACAAAAACACUGUUUUGGUGGGACAUUCUCUUGAAUGUGACUUGAAAGCAUUGCGGUUUGCACAUCCAUUUAUAAUUGACACGUCAAUUCUUUAUUCUGACCCCCGCAAUUCAUACAAACCAAAGCUGAAAAAUCUUGCAAAAAUGUGGCUUAAUAAAAAUAUCCAAUCUAAGGGACCUCGUGGACAUGAUUCUAUUGAAGAUGCUAUGACUUGCAUGGAUCUCCUAAAAAUGAAAUUAAAUCGAGGCCUGGAUUUUGAUAAAACUCAUGAAUCCAUUUUUGAACGUAUAUAUCGUAUGACGGGCAGUACGACUGCAGUUGUAGAUCGCGAAGCUAAAACUGAUUUAUAUGUAGAUGGAGCUAAAAAGGUUGUGACUUGCAAAACAGAUGAUGAAGUGUUGGAUGCCUUAAUAGAAAUAAUAAGCAACGACCAAAAUAUUUUAUAUAACUUGGUAUUUGGACGAUUUCUUGACCUUAAAACUCUUCCUAAUGAUAUGGAUGGACGAAUUAGUCUUGUGAAAAGGCUUG